CAAUGCUCUCAUUGCGUUGAAAUGAACUGACGUCACUACAUGUCUACUGUUCCUCUGAUGCUUUUUCUUCACAAUCGAAAAGAAAGAAGUUAUAUUUAGACAUAACAAAAUGACUAUUUACUGCGUUAUUGUGAUAUAAUGAAAAGCUUUUGUUAAUUUUAUAAAAUUUCAACAUGUGUUGUCUUUAAGUUUUCCCACGAUUGAAAAAUAGUAGAUACGUCUCAGUAUUGCGAUCCUUUUAAAUCCUACUUUCAGAUUUGUUGAUACAUUAUUAUUCUGCUAAUUAGUGAAUAAUAUCCGCAAAGUUCAAGUGGGUUCUGAACGUAAGCUAUUGGACAAAAAUUUAAGCUAAUGGGUGUCUAUUUUUUAUAAUAAAGAAAAAAUGACUGACUUGGACACUACUGUGAUUCCACGAGCUCGAUCAUUCGGUAAUGACCUGAUAUACGAGUGGAGCAAAAAGUUUGAAUCUAAAACAUUAUGUAGCUUAGACUUUAAACAGCACUGGGCCAAAAAAGUGCCCAUUAUCUAUAGCCACUCUCCAGAUGAAGAAAUAGUUGAUUCUCAAGAAGUUUUAAGAAAAUCAGCCCUUGAGGAAGAAGAACUCUUUGGACCUCUUGAACAAUUCAUUUGUGGUGAUGAAAAUGUUUCUUCAGUUUUUGAACAGCUGAAACUGUUGAAUGACACUCCAUCUCUGUGCGGUAAAGUUUUUAAGUCUGGGGAGCCAACUUAUUCAUGCAGAGAGUGUGGAUUGGACCCCACCUGUGUUCUAUGCAUAGUGUGCUUUAAAAAUAGUGAACAUAGAAAUCAUCGGUAUAAAAUGAGCACCAGUGGAGGUGGUGGUCUUUGUGACUGUGGAGAUGAAGAAGCCUGGAAAUAUUAUAGUUACUGUAAUUUCCACCAUGCAAAAUCUCAGCCCGAAGGUGCCAGUCCACUGGAUAAGUUGCCUGCUGAUUUAGUUGAAAGAUUAAGAUUUGUUUUAAGUGUUGUCCUAAACUAUUGCCAUACUAUGCUAACAUGGGAGCAUGCUAUUAAUUUACCUGUAGAUCUCCAGGAUCCUAGUCACCAAGCACAAGACUCUGAAGUGCCAGAUACAUAUUGCACUGUUCUUUUUAAUGAUGAAACACACACAUAUGAACAGGUUAUUGAGACCUUAGUAAAGGCAAUCAGUUGCACUAAAAAAGAAGCAAUAGACUAUGCAACCACCAUUGAUCGUGAAGGUCGAAGUAUUGUUAGAUGUUCAUCAUUUACUAAUUGUAAUUCAGUCAGGCAUUUUAUUGAGAGAGUCACUUCAAGAACUGGUAGUAAACUCAAAGUAUUAGUUAUCCACACUGAAGUUAUUGCACAUCAAGCAUUUGCUAUAAAGUUGCUGACAUGGCUGCAGAAAAUAUUGUCCUUGAACAGAGGUUUUUCCCAUGUAUUUACUAAUGGAAUAAUGGAAGAUGGAUUAUUGGAAAAUAUAAUGCUUGUUGAUACUCAGUUGUGGAAAAAUGCUAGAAAUCAGUGGCAUCAGCUAUUUAUAACAGGAAUGUUGAUGGACUUAACCUGCAAGAAAGCUUUUGCAAAAAGUUUUGUUUCCGUGUAUCCAACAAUUUUACAAGAGUUUAUUUCUGAUGAUCAUGAUCACUCUAUAUCAGUGUCUUCCUUAUCAGUUCAAAUAUUUACAGUACCCACAUUAGCUCAUUCUUUAAUUCAAGAAGAAAAUGCUAUAUCUGUUGUUCUAAAAGCAUUUCUGUUAGAGUGCGAGAAGAGACAUGUCAAUGGACAGGGUAAACUUCAUUUCCAACGAAACCUCAACAACAGCAAUUUCAGGAGAGCUCAAUAUAUGCUCCAUGAUCUUGGAUAUUUAGUGUCUGUACCACCACCUCAAUGGAAUGACCAGUUACGUAAGAACUUCAUAAACGGAAUGCAUGCUUUUUUCAAACUAUUGGAAAUGAUGCAAGACAUGGACGCUGUUGUCCGCCAAGUUGGACAACAUGUUGAGUUUGAGGCAGAGUGGGAAACUGGAAUUAAUCUUCAACUUAAAAUUGCCUCUAUUGUUACAGCAUUGUUAAGAUGGUGCACCUCAGAUUACUCUGUGUUUGUAAAAACAAUUAGAGCUAAUAUUAAACACUUUGAAACGUCACAACCCAAACCUGUUUUCAUUGGAGUAGAAUUAGCAAACCAUUCUGCUUCCUGCAUUGAAUAUGAUGUUUCUUCUAAUGCUGUUUCUAUCCAUUUACCUUUAGUUCGAUAUUUAGCUGGACUUCUGUUGCAUUUGGAUCAAUAUAACCUCUCCUAUGAAGGGCCGCAGUUUCUGAUGGAAGGAGUGGAGCGUUGUAGUCCAGAGCAAUUAAUGGAACUUCCUCUAAGGACUUUAGUUAUGCUUGCUCAGUUCCGUGCUGGGAUGUGGAGGAGAAAUGGAUAUUCCCUUUUAAAUCAAGUAUAUUUUUAUCAUAAUGUGAGAUUGAGGGAAGAAAUGUAUGAUCGAGAUGUGCUCAUGCUUCAAAUUGUGGCAUCCAUGAUUGAAAGCAAUGAAUUUCUUAUACAUCUAGUUUAUAAAUAUGGAUUGCUGAACUGGGCAUCCGAAAUGUAUGAUGGCACAAGUCGCAAACCUGAGGAAGAUAAUAUUCGACAAGUUUUGACAGUUGCAGAAGAGUUCUUAAGUCUGGUUCUGAUUAUUGUUUCCGAACGCUUUACUCCCAAUCUCGGCAAAAUAUCGGAAUCCGAAAAAAUAAAGAAGGAAAUAAUACAACUUCUUUGUAUAGAACCUAUGCCUCACAGUCAGCUGUACAAAUUGCUCCCUAGAGACCCCACUCACGAUGUUAGCUUCGAAACUGUCAUUAAUGAAGUUGCCACUUUUAAAAUGCCACAAGGGUCUGGAGUGGGAAAAUAUGAGCUGAAACCUGAUUACUUUAAAUGUUUCAACCCCUUCUACUAUCAUUACACCAGAGAAGAACAAUCUAAGGCUGAAGAAGUUCAGGUGAAAAGGAAAAAGCAGCUGUGUGAAGAAAUAUGCUGUCCACCACCUGUUCCACCUGAAUUUCACCCACGUUUUGCUAUAAUAUCCAAUAUACUUCAAUGUGAUGUUAUGUUGCACAUGAUGGAAUUAGUGUUGAAAAGGACUUUGAACUUACAUUCUGCUGCAUUUUCUGAAACACAGUUAGAAAAAGUACUUCAUCUCAUUGGGGUUGCUCUUCACGAAGAAGAACGUGUGACAAAGUUAGAUUCUGAGAAUUCUUUCUUUUGUUUCACUUCCAAGGCUAACAAACGAAGUUUCGUAAGCCUACUAGAAGAGUGUUCCAAAUGUCCUCGAAUAGAUAUAUGUGGAGAAUCUUUAAAAGAUCUCUUGGCGUGGGUUAUCACCAAAUUUAAGUAUGUUGAAAGCCUUCAUAUUCAAAACAACGAUAAAGCAAAUGAGCUUGAAAUGGCUGAAGCAUCUGCCAGUACUAGUAAAAAUACUGCUCGUGAUAGGAAACGCAAGACUGAAAUGGCUGCUGCUAGGAGAACUCGUAUUAUGGCUCAAAUGUCUGCUAUGCAGAAAAACUUCAUAAAAGAACAUGCUGAUAUGUUCAAAGAAACUUUACUCGAGGACUCUAAUUUAUCAAAGUCUGAAAUGGAUAUUUAUAAUGAGCUAUCAGAAGAUCCUGUAUGCUUUUACAAAGAUUCCAGGUGGAGAUCUUCUGCUUCAGGUGUAUAUACUUGUAUUUUAUGUAGAGAGGAUCAAGAACUCACUUGUGCUGGAAGGUCUUUAGUAUUAUCUGCAUUUGUUCAGAAAUCUUCAAUUUUGUCCAAGAAUCGCAAACAUAAAAUGAGAGAUCCUAGAAAUUAUGAUCCUCUGCUUCUGCCUGCUGAUUUAUUCUGGUCAGUGCACUCAAGUACUUGUGGUCAUGUGAUGCACAGUGAUUGCUGGCAAAAGUUCUUUGAUUCUGUGGUCCAAAAAGAACAGAGGCGUCCUGCUCGAUUUGGGCGGCAUACUAGUUUUGAUGUUGAAAAGAAAGAGUUCUUGUGUCCUUUAUGUGAACGUUUGAGCAAUACUGUUAUACCUCUCAUUCCACCUUUGUCUACAUUGAUCCCUUCAACAAUAACAACUGAAAAUAUUGAUAUAUCCAUGGAUGAGUGGCUGAGUGCUGUUAAAAAAGCUGCUGAAAGCUUUCAGCUUGAUAAGGAAGAAGAUAUGCCUAGUGAUGAAGAUUCAGCAAUGCAUUCAUCAUUUUCUUACAAAGCCUCUACAGUUGAUAAUGCUUUGAAAGGAGUUGGUGAACCUAAUCAUGAGAAAUUCAAGGUUUUGUUUUCCUUGUUUCAAGUAAACCCGGCAAAUGACUUAGCCCCAUCAUUUUCUCAAAAUUUAGUUGACAUGAUGAAAUUGUUUUCUGAAGCUAUUUAUACUGUUGGUUUAAAUGUGAAUAUUAAUACUGCUGAUGUCAGAAUACCUACUAUGUCAUGGGCAUCAUGUGCUUACACCAUUCAUGCCAUGGAAUGGCUCUUGCGCGAUAAGAAGAAAGCACUCUUUGGGGCACACUCUUCAAGAAAUGCCCUCUGUUUGGAUGGAAUAAUUCGAUUUUGUGGCGCUAGUUUGCGAAUAUUUGAUCACAAUGUUAUUCGAUCAAACUGCAUAAGAAUCCUGCGAUAUCUAGUCUUAGGCGAACAUUAUCUCUCAAGUCCGCAGUGUUCUUUAGACUUGGAUGCAUUUUCAGUUCUGCUAUUCCUCGUUCAUUCUAUGCCAAUACUUUUCGAAAAAGACAAUGCUGACAAAAGAACAGUUCUUCAUCCCCUUGGUACCACUCUUGAUAAGUACUUGUUGCAUUUGUUAUUAAUUUUUCACUUUGUGCAAGUGCUUUUAACGUACCCUUUUCACGAAGAAGAAAAGAUGGAAACUGAUUGUGGACCUGAUAGAAUACCAAGGCUUCAUGGAGAGAAUGUUACCGCUCUGCUUUUCUAUGAGGAAGUGAGGACAGCUGCUGGCUUUGACCAGUGGAUUCCUGCACCAUCUGGUCACACAAUAGUUCACUGCUUAAAGACGGGCUCUCUUCCAUUUCUGAGAUGUGCGGCAAUAUUCUUUCACGUUCUGACGGAUACUCCCCCUCCUAUGUCUCUUCAAGAAGUGAACGACAAGGAAUUUGAAAACAUAUGCACUUAUUUAGGUUUGCCACCCACUCUAGAUGAACUUUUAGCAUCAACUUCAUUGAAGCAUUUAGCAUUAAGUUGGGCUAGGCAUCCAAGAACAUUACAUCUGCUGAUGAAUACAGAGCAAUCAGAAACGCACAGUUUAGUGCGCCAUCCACUAUCAAUCAACCGAUUGAUUCCUCUCCCGCCUGAUUAUAGUGAUCUUAUCAAUAGUGUAUCUCACUUUACAUGUCCGAGCUCCGAAGGUGAUGACAGUAGAAAUCCCACAAUGUGCCUCGUAUGUGGAAAAGUUUUAUGCUCUCAAAGUUACUGCUGCCAAGUAGAGCUAAAUGGGGCUCUCGUUGGUUCUUGCACUGAUCAUGCUUUUAUCUGUGGAUCUGGUGUUGGUAUUUUUCUCAGAAUAAGAGAUUGCAAGAUUCUUCUGCUGUCUGAUAAGAAUAAAGGUUGUUUUGCUCCACCACCUUAUGUGGAUGAAUAUGGAGAAACAGAUCAAGGUCUUUUAAGAGGAAAUCCUCUUCAUUUAUGUCAAGAACGCUAUGAAGAGCUUCAUGAACUGUGGCUAAGCCAUAAUAUUCCAGAAAGAGUAUCUCACAGUAUGGAACAAUCAACAACUUUACCUAACUGGCAAUUACUGUGACAUGAUUCUAAUUAAAAAUAUAUAUAUAUAUAUAAACAUUUAUUUAUUAUUAUUUUCUGCCUUGUGAAAAGAUACACCCUUCAUUUGUUCAUUUUUAUUUGGAAAAAUUAUUUCCUUAAUUAUGAUUUUUUUAAAUAUAUAUUUUACACUGUUUUAUUUCCUUUUUUUUUUAUCUCCUGUUCGAUCUUUUCAUAAUUUAGGCUAUAGAAAUUUAAUAUAUUUAUUAAAACUGUUACUUAAAAAAAAGCAAAAUAUCUAGAUAAAAAUAUAUUUAUUUAGCUCUUCUAAAUGAAGCAGUAAUGACCUAGUUGCUUUUUGAGUUUGCAACCUGAGUGUUUUAAUGGACUGAAAAUGUUUUUAUUACUCUGAUGUACAGAAUCUACUACAGCACCUUUUUUUGCAUUAUUUUGUUGAUGUAUUUAGAUCUUAAUAAAAUGCAAUCAAAGGCUCAA